AUGUCUUCUUCAGCAGAUCAACCAAACCAGCCAAAACCCAAGAAUGAAUCACAGCAAAACCCCUCCAACACCUCACAAGAGCAAACAAGACCUCUCCCACUCCCCAGCCCCUCGGACGAAUCCGACACAACCAGACUCGACAUGUCCGGCGGCAGCAGUACCGUCAAACUAGACCACAUGGGCCCGUUGGUGGUCAACAAGGACGGCACGCUAUCGCGCAUCAGCAACUGGGGGGAGAUGAGCGAGAUUGAACGGCAGAACACGCUGAGGGUGUUGGGGAAGAGGAAUAUGUUGAGGAGGGAGGCGUUGGAGAAGGAGGGGAGGGAGGAGAAGCAGGGGGAAUAG